CAUCUGCCGCAGUCACUUAGCUCCAACAGGAUUGGAAAAUGGAGGACUGACCGAAGAAAGAGUGAGGGCACAUCAUCGGUAUUCCAAGUGUUUAGAUCUGUUAACCUUGUACCAAGACUGAAACUUACUGAUGUGAAGCCUUUGUUUUGUUUGAAGAGGCACUGCUGACCUUCAGACAUUCAUUUUGAAAGUAGUGACUCCAUCAUCUAUGGAGGAGAAUGUGAGCCCUGAGCUCUCUCUAGCUCCUGAGCCAGAGCAGAGCCAGGAGCGCAUGGAAAGCUACUCUCAAGGCUUGGGAGAAGGAGAUAGUGAACAGUUUCAAACAGGAGAUGAGAAUGUGGCCAAAGAGUUGCUAGAGGAGCCAGAUAAAUCUUCUAAGGCCAGCAGUGAGGUAAAGAAGACUUGGGGUUUCCGUCGGUCCACUGUUGCGAAGAGAGAGAUGCCAGUGGAAGCGUCAACCGACAGCCCUGAAAGCCGCUGUCCUGUGCGGCGCAGUGGCAGACAGCCGAAGCGUACUGACAAACUAGAAGAAUUCCUCUUGACGACUAAAAGAGGGGCAAGAAAGAGUGCCCCUCCCAGUCUGGAAAGUGGAGAUCCGCCUUCUCAAACUCCAACAGAUGCAGAGACUGCUUCAGAGGCCAGCUUCGACGGUAACGCUGACUCCAAGGUUGGGGAAGAGAGAGCAGAGUCCCCAGAGAGGAGGACAAGAAGUGGCGUACGGAAGCAGGCUCAAAGGAAAAGUGGAGGUGGCAGACAGACGAGAGGUUGUGGUGGAGCGACGGUCAAAGAUGAGGGAAGCUCUGAGAAUGAGGAAGACGGCACAGAUGCUGUCAGAAAAGAUCAAUCACAGGAUAACGAUGUGGAGACAAAAGAAGACAAGAGUGAUCCCACCUCUGAAGACAUAGUGAGCAUUAAUGCAGCCCAGAUGCAACUGGAGCAGGACUCUGAGAAGACAGAGGUUGAUGAGGAGAAGAAUGAACAUGGAGAUAAAAAUGACCAGGUCAAAAUGGAAAACGAAGCGGAUGAGGACAGCGUAGACAAGCCGUCAGCAAUGCCAGCAAAACGUGGACCAAUAAGAACUUAUGUCAAUAAGAAAAGAGUUGCCAGUAAGAACACUACGGCUGUUAAAGCCCCUGCUUCUGCCAUCAAGAACACUCCUCCUGUUAAGAAGGAUACAAAGCCUAAAGCUAUCCAAAGUGCUGGAAAGAUAGGCAAGCCCCAUACACAGGACGACGAUGAUGAGAAUGACUCCUGCACAUCAUCAUCAUCUUCAUCGUCGUCGUCGUCAUCAGUUGAGUCUGAUGAUGGAGGCUAUGACCCCAAUGCACUUUACUGCAUCUGUCGACAGAAACACAACAAAAGAUUUAUGAUCUGCUGUGACCGCUGUGAGGAGUGGUUCCACGGGGACUGUGUUGGUAUCACUGAGGCUCGUGGGCGUCUGAUGGAGAGAAACGGGGAAGACUACAUUUGCCCCAACUGCACUGCAAAGAAAAACCAGGUGGUCAGGCCGGCCACAUCAAUCCUCUCUGCAAGUGCAGAGAUCGGGAAAUCCAAAAUGGAUGUUUCUUCUCUGGUAAAUGCUGCUGGUAUGACCUCUGCUGCAACUGCUGACAGAACCAACGUCAGUGGAGCAGACUCCAGUCUGUCAGCUGCUGUGGCUGGAACUCCAUCCUUCACCACUACUGGAACUGAAGAGAAAGGAGUAGAGGACCUGGGCAUAAAAGGCAGGAUAGAGAAAGCUACUCAUCCAACUGGAAAAAAGAAGAUAAAGAUCUUUCAGCCGGCAUUACAGCAGCCACCUGUACCCAAAGCUGACCAGAAGGCCACAUCAGCUGUGGAAAAGAAGGCAGCAUCCACAGCAGAGCAGAAAUCAACACAAGACACAGAGCAGAAAGUUGCAUCAAACGUGGAGGUGAAAACGACUCCAACAGUGGAACUGCCAGAGGACAAGACCAUGCAGAAAUCUGAGGACGACUCUUCUCUUCCAAAAUGUAUUGGUCCUGGUUGUGACAAUAAUGCUCAGCCAGACUCUGUGUACUGUGGAAACGACUGUAUCCUGAGACAUGCUGCUGCUGCCAUGAAGUCUAUCACUGAUGUCAAAGAGCCCAAGCAGAAGGACAAGGACAAAUCCAAGGCUCAGAAAAACAAGUCCACACCAAAGAGGAGUGGUGCUAGUGGGAAGAAAGCGCAGAAGAGGAACCAGGAGGAGGACUCGGACAGCGAGGAAGACAGCUCCGAUGCAGAUGAGGACGACGAAGAUGAGCAUGCUGAGGAGCACCCACCCCCGCCGGCCACUGCGUCCUGGUCCAGCGACCAUAAUUACAUUGCAGUAACACCAGAAAAGACUACACCCAUAUCACCAACAGUGUUAAACAAAAAGUCCCCUCCCAAAGAAGAGAAGCAGAGUGAGAAGAAGGAGAAGGAAGCAGCCCCAGCACCUGAGAAAGCCCCCUCUGCCUCUCCAACACCAGGCAAAGCAAACAAGAAGCCCAGCCCAGCAAGUAAAGCAGCAAAGGUUUCCUCGAAGGGCAAGAAGCCUUCGGUUCAAGCUGUCAGCACAAGGUCAUCCAGGAAAGCUGCGACACCCCCGGCUAAAAGUGCAGCAAAGUCCAAGAAGGCAGGCCCACCACCCAGUCGUAGCCAGUCUCAAUUCCCUCCAGGUCCUAUCCAUGUCACAGGCGCACUGAGAGUCACCAAGUCCAACUUCACUAUUCCUAAGAAGCAGCCACAACAAAAGGACACUAGUUCCCACAGUCAGUCCUCCUCAUCCUCUAGAGUCCCAUCGUCUUCAGUUUCAUCUGCGUCUUCCAGUCAUUCUUCAUCUUCCAGAACUUCGCAUUCUGCAGGUUCAGCACCUGCCGUUUCUCCCAUGCCACCUCCACCCAACAACCAGAUGAGGCAGAACAUCCGGCGCUCACUAACAGACAUCCUCUAUAAGAGGGUGAGUGACAGUGAUGAUCUGAAAAUGACAGAAAGCGAGGUGGGACGGCUGGCAGUUGCCAUUGAGAAGGAGAUGUUUAACCUCUGCCUUAGCACUGACAGCAAGUACAAGAACAAAUACAGGUCCCUCAUGUUCAACCUGAAAGAUCCUAAAAACAAAGGCUUGUUCUACAGGGUCAUUGGUGGUGAGGUGAGUCCCUUCCGACUGGUGAGACUAAGUGCUGAAGAGUUGCUUUCCAAAGAGAUUUCUGAAUGGAGAAAACCUGACACUCCUGAGCCUCAGUCUUCAAGUUCAAGAGGUCAUUUAGGACAGUCCAAACUGGGCAACAGGCACGACUCUGGCUCCCAUAGCAUGGAUAUGGAGGACGCUCCACCAACAUCUGACGCAGAUGUAUGUAUCUCGGCCACCGCUUCAUCUUCUCGCAUGGCUUCUGCUACAGAUCAAGAUGACUUGGGCUCCAUGCCUUCAGCCUCAGCUCAGUCCUCUGGUGCUGAGGGGAACAGUGGCGGCAGCAUGCCAGACAUUUUCAGCAACAUGCUCAAAGACACCACUGCUGAACACAGGACUCAUUUGUUCGACCUCAACUGUAAAAUAUGCACAGGACAAAAGAUGGAAGACGAACCUGCAGCUAAAAAAGCCAGACUUGCUAAGAAGCCUGAAACUAAGUCCCCCAGACAAGAGUCGUUUUCAUCCAGGUCAGGGGAUGUCUCUCCUGUCGGCCAACCACAGGUUCCCACGACCCACCAGCACCAAGAUCCUUUAUCCCACCAACACCCUUCGUCCUACCAGUCCAACAUGGAGGCCGCUGUUGCAGAAUCACAGCCACAGCUCUAUCAGGAGGACACGAUGGCAUCUCCAGCCCAGGCCACUGUACCUGUCACCCCUGCUGUCUCCUCCGUCACCAUCACUCGCAGAGACCCACGCAUGGCCAGGCACAGCUCUGGGGUGACUGUCACCUAUCCUGCUCCAGAAAAACCCACCAGCAAUGCAGCAGAGCUGCUCCCAGCUUCUGUUACUGCUCAGGUGGAGGCUGUUCCUAAGGCACCACUACCGAUGCCCCCAGCUCCACCGCCCUCAGUGGCUGUGCCCAAACCGUCAAAAACAAGUGCAUCUGAGCCUCCCCUCGAAGGGGAAACUGCAAUCUUCCUCCAUGGUCAAGAAAAGAUUUGGAAAGGAUUUAUCAACAUGCAGUCAGUUGCGAAGUUUGUGACCAAGGCUUACCUGGUCUCAGGAUCCUUUGAACAUCUGAAAGAGGAUUUGCCUGAUACCAUUCAUGUCGGGGGCCGGAUAUCUCCAAACACAGUGUGGGACUAUGUCGGGAAGCUGAAAACCUCACUCUCCAAGGAACUGUGUCUGAUCCGUUUCCACCCAGCCACAGAGGAAGAGGAGGUGGCAUAUGUCUCUCUCUUCUCAUACUUUAGCAGCAGAAAACGAUUUGGUGUAGUGGCCAACAACAAUCGCCGCAUCAAAGACCUCUAUCUCAUCCCACUGGGCUCAAAGGACCCAUUACCCUCCAAACUUUUACCGUUUGAUGGGCCAGGUCUUGAACCGGCUCGUCCCAACCUCCUCCUGGGGCUGCUGAUCUGCCAGAAGGACAGAAAGCGUGCUGGUGCUGCGUUAGAAACUGAGGAGAAACGGUCCAAGAUUCAAACUAAAGAUGCAGAUGAAACUGGCCUCCCAAAACCACUUGCCUCAGUCAGAGCAGAAAGAAACUCACGACAGAGUCUUGAAAUCCCCUUCAGCACCACGCCGCCAGGUUCACCUCCACCUAGCUCCUCUGAGAUCUCCAGCAGCACUGUGACACCCUCCUCCGUCCUUUCCCUAUUGUCCUCAGUCAAAGCUUCAGCCACAUCCGCUGCUACUGGCAUAGACUCCCCAUCCUCAUCCAGCUCUGUUGCUUCCACUGCAGCUACUGCCACUCCUCUUCAAACCAUUCUCAAAACUCUUUUUGGGAAGACAAAGCAUGACUCCGAAGCUUCCAACUCUCCGUCUGAUCAAGGUGGAGAACUCUCUGCUCCAACUGCUACAAUGCUAGACCCCAUUGUGCGGCAGUUUGCACAGAGUUCUAAAGAGAAACCAAUAGAGGAGGAUGAAGAUGACAGACCAUAUGACCCAGAAGAAGAGUAUGACCCUAGUAGGGGCUAUAAUAUACCUAAGAAGCCUGUUGAGGUAAUAAGCAAACCAGAGCUCUUAAAGCAGCCUGAAGCGGUAGACAGUGAAGCUGAUGAUAUUGCAUAUGACCCAGAGGACGACUCCAUUUUUGAAGAGGUCAAAACUUCAGUGCCAGGUCAAGCAAAGGCUGCUACUGAAACUAUAGCUGAUCCACAAAAGAUCCUGGAAAACCUUAAACAGAUUGGGGAUCAGGCAUUGCAGAAACAGGGAGAACAACAAAUGCCAUCCACAGCGAUGCCUGCUGCCUCAUUGACACUUCCAAACACACUCCUGUCUCAACCUACCAAAUCCCUUUUGGCCAAUAGUCAGCUACUACAACUUGGCAAAAAGGUUGAAGAACUAGUGAAGUCUUCAUCAGUUGCUCCCCUGAUCAACCAGAAGAGAGAUCCCAGACAGAGCAGGGAUCCUCGGCAGGCUGCGGGUAGCAAGAAAUCAUCUGAUGAACCAGAGGAGAAAGAGGAGGCAGCUGCUGAGUUAACUGAUUCUGUUCCUACUUCACAGCCCAUGGAGCAAGAGCCACAGCUGCCUGAUACAGGUGAACUUGCAGACUCCUCACAAGGCCCAGAAACAUCACUGCCUCAAGAGGAGGUGAAAAGUGAGGCGCUGCUCUUCACAGAGUCCGACAAGGCUGAGGUGUCAAUUCCUUUGUUAGGUGAGGAGGUGGAACCCGAUAUGGAGGUCAACUACAUGGAUGAGAAAGAAGUGAAACAUGAGGAAGUUCAGCCAAUCAAGGCUGAAACAGAGAUGGACAAGUACAGUAUUUGGCCAAAUGCUGCCAGUAUUUUAAAAGCUGGUGAGGAUUCAGAGUAUGAGGAGAAUAGCCAAGAUGCACCAACUGCAAGUUAUUACAACAAACCUGCAAACUCAUCCACAAUAGCUUCCACGAUCCCUGUACUCACCCAGAGCGCGCCAAUAGUUGACACGCAGCCACAUCACAUGUCGGCAUCAAGUUUCGAUGGCGAGUACAGACCUCCAGCUGACAUUCCCCCACAGUCAAACUUCCCCCCUCCCCAUCCCAUCCAGGGACAAAAUCUUCUAAUAAGGCCUCCACCAGUGCCCAUACUACCACCCAUGCAGGGUCUUCCUCCAUUGUCAGGCCCUCCUCCCAUACAGGGCCCCCUUCCACCCAUCCAUGUUCCUCCCCCUGUACACGGACCUCCCCCAAUACAAGGUGACAACACUCAGCAGUACGGCCCACCUCCAUCCUCGUACCCUCCAUAUCAGAACCAGUGGCCCGGCACACAGCCGCCACAGCAGCAACAGCCACCUCCUGGACCACUCCCUCAGAAUAUCAUGCCACCCAGAGGACCACCACCACCAUUCCCUCCACUGGCCCAGAGAGGCCCUCCUCCUCAAAUGUUUGAUCCCUCUAUUCCCCCUCAGCACAUUGGACAGCAAGGUCCCCCUCCAGGCCUUCCCCCGCCUCCCACCUUUGAUGGACAGAGCAGCUUACCACCACCAAGAUUCACUGGUCCUCCACCACCUUUUAAUUUCCCUGCCAGUAGAGGUCCUCCUCCUCCACCCUUCACAGCACCACCACCUGGUCACUUUGAUAACAGGCUUCCUCCUCCAGCCAUCUUUGCAGGGUCCAGGGGUCCCCCUCAAUCUCAGUAUGGUGACCAUGGGGCUCAACCGCCGAUGGUAGACCAACCUCGAGGACCUGCAGAGCAGUAUAACAAAGACACUGCUAGUAACUCUUUCAAGCUAAAUGUGGACCAGAAUCCAAACACUUUCCAUAUGUUUAAAGACAAUCAGGGCCCUCUGCCAGGUCCAGCCUUCCGGGGACCUCCACCCAACCAGUACGAGGACAGAAGAGGUCCACUUCCCAGCAGUGAGAUGAGUGGACAGCUCUUCAGUCCUCACAGCCAGUAUGGGUCCUCCAGACCACCAUCCUCACCCCCACAUCGAUUAUCUUUUGAUGAGCACCGAGGUCCCCCACCUCAGGAGGGUAGACCUCACCCAUCUCAGCCUUUUGGAGGAUCAGAGCGGUACCGCUUCGAUAGGCACUCGGAUGAGGCUAGACCUGUUCGCCACAGCGGGCCACUGCUGCCAACUCCUCCAGAAGCUCCCCUAGGUCCUCCUGGUCGCAUGGGAGCCCAUAGCCCAGACCUACACAGGGACGACCACUGGCGCCGCCUUUCUCCUGAACUGAGGAGGAGGGUCAGCACCACCCGUGAGGACUCAGAGCCUCGCAGCGCAGAUCGCUUCAGCCGCUUUGAAGGAGGGCACAGAGAACUGGGUCCUGGUUCCUCACAGCCUUCUGAUGAGAGACAGAGGGAACUGUCCGAGGACCGCCGCAGAGAACGAGAGAGGGAGGUCCCUCAUGCUGGCAGGUCCUCAUGGGACAGGGGGCAGGGGAAGCGUUGGAGUCGAGAACGAGAGCGAGACUGGGACAGAGGUAGAGAAAGGGACCGGGAUCAGAAGUGUAGCCGGGAAAGAGAACGCAGCAGAGGGAGGGAGGGCGACAGACACAGGGAGACCGAACCAGAGCGACACAGGGAUCAAGACACAGAGAAGAGGCGAGACCGAGAGAGAGACAGGGAGAGGGAAAGGGACAGAGACAGAACUAGAGACUCUGACCGCAGGGACUACGACCGUGACAGGGGGGGGAGAAACCGUGACAGAGAACGAGAACGUGAACGAGACAAGAGGCGGGAAAGAUCCAGAAGCAGAGAGCGAGACCGUGACCGUGAUCGUGGAAAAGACCGGGGCAGGGACAGGGAUAGAGACAGGGACAGAGAACGGGACAGAGACCGAGACCGAGACAGAGACAGGGAAAGAGAUAGGGACAGAGACAGAGACAGGGAACGGGACAAAGACAGAGAUCGAGACAAGGACAGAGAUCGGCGGGAAAAGAGCAGAAGCAAAGAAAAGAAAGACGACAAAAAGGACAGCAAACAUGAUACAACCAAGGAGAGCGAUAAAGCUGCAGACAAUGACAAGAAGGUUUCCUAGUCUCUGUUCUGUGGACUUUACAUCACCGACUCUUAUUUCUUUCACCAUCACUGUAAAUGUAGAUGAGCAGUAUUUCGUUGAAGUUCCACAGUUGUGUUCGUACGAGGAAAAAAAAAACAAAAAACAUUUGACAAUGUUUGUAUUCUCUUUGUCACUUCAAGGUUUCUAAGUUUGUUUUAUUACAUUUGAAAAGCAAAAAAAACUGAAGGCCAUCUAAGUUGCUUGUGUACAAGAUGUGUGAUGUAGGCUACUGAUUCCUAUUACAUGUACCUUUCUCUUGUCGAGGCAUUUUUUUUAUGAAAACAAUGUAACUGAUUAACACACCAUUUGCAAUAUGUAAAUAUGAAAGUAUUUCUGUAUAUACUGAUGUUUUUAAUCAUGCUUUUUCUAAGUAGAGAAAAUAAAAGCCAUAUAUCUGAGAUGGAUAAUGUGAAGGUUAAGGAAACACUGAGACACAAACGUGUGUUUAUAUGUUCAGCAGCUUUGAACUGAAAGGCUUCAACUAUCUACAGUAUACACCCCCUAAAUGGUCGAUAAUAAAGUGUCCUGAUUUUGUUUCAGCUCAACCAAUUAAACCUGUUUGAUGGAA